GGCUAGCUCUAGUCACGGUUUGCUUUCACCAUCAAAGGCAGUCUUGCCAGGAGGAUCACAGGUGCAGCCAAUGAGUUUGUUGAGCAAAACGUAGCCAGCAUGGCUAGGUUGCAGAGACACCUCUAGGAAUCUAAAAGCAUAUGCAGGCUGGGAAAUGGCUGACAGCAGGUCAGCGCUCAGCAGCAAGGGAACUGGCUCACCAUGGAUUUCAGGAAAGUUUUAGUUAAUCAAGGUAAAAAAAAAAACCCUGUGCCAACGGGCCCGCUGUGUUUGCUGGGCCAAGAUUGAGCUCAGGGAAAGGCUUUAGUGUAUCCGUCAGCACAUUGCAGAAAACGGGUCAUUCAUCAGUGCGGUGCCGAUCAAUAUCCCUGGCUCCUGCACAAUCGGAUUUUAUUACGAAAGUAAAAAUAAAUAAGGAAACAAUCGGCACAAAAUAAGGUUAAGGUAACACCAUGAGUGCAGCAGCAAUACAAGGGGAUCGAGGGAAAAAAGGCUUUUGGGAUUACACAAACAGGUAUGCCUCUGAAGUAGUCCUGAAAGCUCAAUCGGACAUGAAUGUAAGGACAAGGAAAUAAGAAGAAACCCAAGGCCAUCGUAGUGUCACUCCUAAGAACAUCAGAGCAAGCCAUUCUUUGAUAAAGCUUGAAGAGUGGAAAAGAUGAAACUCAAGAAAUGUAAUUUUGUUAACAAUUUAUUUGCAAAAAACAAGUGAAAUUUCAAAAUUUGAUAAUCAAAUUGAAAUAAAAAUGAGAGAGAUUACAAUGAUUUUUGUACAUAUUCACCUCCUGUUUGGAGUUGCUUGCUCCUUGGUUAUUCACUCAAUCCCCUGGAAGGUACCCUGUCCUCAUCAGUGUGUAUGCCAGAUCAAGCCCUGGUACUCACCCCAGUCUGUUUAUAAAGAGGCUCCAACUGUUGACUGUAAUGACUUGCUCCUGACUCAGUUGCCCACAUCUCUCCCACCAGAGACACAAACACUAAGGCUGCAGAGCAACCUCAUCAGUUCAGUGGACCAAAGUGAACUCCAGGGUCUCGCCAAUCUAACUGAGCUGGAUCUCUCCCACAACAGUUUCAUCAGCACCCGUAACUUAAGAAUCACUGAACUGCCAGCCCUUUUAAGCCUUCACAUGGAAGAAAAUCAGCUGAGGCACCUGCCUGAAGCAGCUUUCUCUGGAUUGCCUAACCUCCAGGAAUUGUACCUCAAUCAUAACAGGCUCCGAAGUAUUUCCCCGGGAGCUUUCAAAGGUUUGAGUAACCUUUUAAGGCUUCAUCUUAACUCUAACCACCUAAUGAUAAUUGAUAGGCGCUGGUUCCAUGCUUUGCCUCAACUUGAAGUAUUAAUGACAGGAGGAAAUCCGGUGGAUACAAUCCAAGAUCUCAACUUCAAACCUCUUGGAUCCUUGCGGAGUCUGGUCCUGGCAGGUAUGGGCUUACGUGAGAUCUCCAAGCGUGCUCUAGAAGGACUUCUCAACCUGGAAAGUAUUAGCUUCUAUGACAACAACCUGACUAAAGUUCCAAAGGAGGCACUGCAAAUGCUACCGAGCUUGAAAUUUUUGGACCUUAACAAGAACCCAAUUCAGCUGGUGCAAAAAGGGGACUUCAGGAACAUGCUUCACCUGAAGGAACUUGGAUUGAACAACAUGGAGGAUCUGGUGUCCGUUGAGCACUCUGCAAUGGAAAACCUCCCUGAACUGACAAAACUGGAAAUCACAAACAAUCCCCGACUGUCAUUCAUUCACCCUCAGGCUUUCCGGAAGCUACCACGCAUGGAAAGCUUGAUGCUUAAUAGUAAUGCCCUGAGUGCUCUGCAUCGUCAGACUGUGCAGUCUCUGCCAAGUUUACAGGAGAUCAGUCUGCACACCAAUCCUAUUCGCUGUGACUGCCUUAUUCGCUGGGUGGGGGCAGAGGAUGACAAGCCAGUUCGAUUCAUUGAACCACAGUCCACAUUCUGCUCAGAACCUCCAGAGUUAAAAGCAAGACGAGUAAAAGACGUUUCUUUCAGAGAGAUGGCAGAUAGCUGCCUCCCUUUGAUUGCACCAAGCAUAUUCCCAUCUUACAUUCAAGUAAAACAUGGGGACAACAUAGCCCUGCAUUGUCGAGCAUUGGCAGAACCAGAACCUAUUAUUUACUGGGUCAUUCCAAAAGGUUUAAGGUUAACUCCCUCCACAAAGUUUGGACGCUACCAGGUUUUAACAGAGGGCACUUUGGAAAUAGUUGGUGUCACUCAUGAGGAGUCUGGCUUCUACACUUGCGUUGCACAAAAUCUAGUUGGAGCGGACACAAAGACUCUGACACUAAAAGUGGAGGGAUCCAGCUGGGCAGAAAUAACAAAUGAUAAAACAAAUGAAGACAGCCUUGAGGUCCAUGAUGUUAAAGAACGGUAUGCUGUACUUUCUUGGAACACUGGCCAUAAUAUACCUGCUGCCCGAAUCUCUUGGUCAGUUAACGGAAGCCUGGAAGACCACAACAAGCACAGCACUAAAAUAUUAGCUGGCACUAGAGGCUUCAACUUAACUCGCCUCCAACCGGGAACCUAUUAUAAGGUUUGCCUGCAUAUGGGGCCAAAUGAUACCUCCUGUGUCCAUCUUAGGACUAAAGAGGUGCUUCUGUUAGUUCCUACUGCAGACAUCACCCCAGUAUUCCUACUGGGUCUAUCAGCUUUUUUCCUCAUCCUGUUGGCAGCCAAAACUUGUCAUGGAAGGACAAUAUAUGAUUGGAAAGAUUUUAAGAAACCCCAUUCCAUUGUUUUGACCCAGGAAGCAAUGGCUUUUGUGGCUCCCGAUUCACUUCAGCAGUACAAAGAGAAAAACUCGGAUGGCAGCGGAAAGGUGUUCAGUGAUGCCAUGUCUGGGCAAGAUGUCCCGAGUCCUUCAAAACAGGCAUUUUAGGACACACAAUUUGCAACAGUUUAAAGGCAAUGUGUCAGAGAAGCCGUACAAACUUUGUAAAGCUACUCAAACUACAGCUCACACUCAACACUAACAGUCCACUGGACAAAAGCAUAGCUUUUUUUUUUUUUUUUUUUUUUGCAAGAUUACAAGUGUCUCAAUUUUGAAUACAGUGCCAUAAAAUGAGAGUUCAUUUUUUAUUUAUUUUUUAACGGAAAAGAUACAGACCAUAUAUGUACAGUGAAAGCUUUUUACAUGUAACCGCAAUGUGGACUGAGAAAACCGUGCAGAUAGUGCCAGCUGUAAGAAGGAACUGUCAAGUGUUUUUAAGUAGAUUUAAUUUUACUUGAAAGUUACUAGGAAAUAUGAAGUGCUCACUUAUUUUUCACAUUGCUGAAGACACAGAGUUGACAGGUGGGUAAAGAAAUUUUAUGAAAGACAUUCCAAAUGUUUUUCUUUUGUUGACAAUUUGGGAAGAAACAUCUGUUUUGUUUUGUUUCUUUUCCUUUUUUUUUUUUUAAGAAUCACAUUAUCCUGGUGUGAGUUGUUAAAGAAUUAAAUGUUACUUUUCUAUUAAAAAAAACAAAAAAACAACAAUACUUUUUCAAAUAAAAAGGGUCUAAGCCUAGAUACUGAAAGAAUAUGUAAAAUACAGAAGGGUAUUUUUAAUAUGUUGCGUAAUUGUACAUCAAGUAUUUCUCUUUGAUAUUAUGGGCCAUAUUCAGUGCACAACAUGAAGUCUGAACUAUAAAAAGGUAUCUUCGUCUCAGUGUGUGUGUGUGUGUGUGUGUGUGUGUGUGUGUGUGUGUGUGUGUGUGUGUUUGUCUUUUUCAUGAUGGACACAUCUAUCUAUAUAUACAUAUUAUAUAUAUGAUCAAGGACACAAAAUGAUGUGCUAAUCAGGGCUUGUUUGGUUAUGGAUUUCUCUUUUUCUCACUGAAAACCAAACAACAAUUUUAAAAGUGAUCUGCCAAAAGACUGAUUCUCAAGUUACAUUCAGCCCUGAACAGCUUCAUUGUGACAGCUUUAUACAUUUUUGGAUGGAGACAGAAGGAUACACCCCAGGACUCUGUGAGGAGUAUUCAUAUAAUUGCCAACAUGCUGAGUACAACAAAUGAAACAAGUCCUAUUGUUAUAUUUCUCCUUUUCUUUCACAAACGCAAUGGAGAACUGGAUACAGCUAAGGACAUAUUAAUGUGUAAAGAAAGCGAGUUACAAAAUGGUUUUCUUGAUCGACCGAUUGUCGUCUUGCCUGGCUUAGUCAGGGACAAUUCUUUGACAAAAUGACAUCUACACCUGAAGAAAUCUUACAAGGGCAAAGGAAUUCAUCAUUUGUUAACAGGAUCGUCAGCAAGGAUUGUCAGCUCGGCUAUUCUUCACUUAUCUAGUACAGAGAACCCCAUUUUCUAAAGUGUCAUUUAUGGUUAAACAGCGGGUUUGUUUUGAGUUCUUUGUCAGUUUGUAGUUGAUGUGUCCCUUUGUUUCUGAAUUUCUUGCCUAACUGAACUGUCUCUUCCCCUUUUAAUUCUAUUCCAUUUGAUAUAAUUCGUCAGCUCUUACUUUCUAUCACCUCAAAUCUGUACUUACACUAAAUCACCUUGAAUUUCCAGUCAGUGUUCAGCUUCCCUUUCAGAAAUUAUUUAGAAGGCUGUGUGUUAAAUUCUAUUUUGAAGUAUUAUUAAACCAUUUUAGACUGA